UUAUUAGCGAGCUCUUCGUGGAAUGUGUCAAACGUGGGUGGUGUGUUACGUGGAAGUGCAGUGUUUGAUGCACCGUUUCGUUUCAAAAUCCAUCACUGACCGUCUCAAUCUGCUAUACCCAACAGGGAGCCUGGCAGACGGCGAAGCGAAGAAAAGCGCAUCGCCAUGGAAAUGGGGAAACGCAUAAUGCAGUUUCUGGCGAGGUGUCCUUUGCCAGUCCGCGCGUGAACGGGGAUCGCGUUCUUCUCUGCCUUUCGUUGGAUCCUCGAUCGAAAGGAGACGAAAGGAUCGUUUGGAAUCGAAAAUGAAACGUUCAGGGAAUCCUGACGAGAAUCCAGCGAGACGUUCGGCACUUUGAGUGGUCGGAAGGAAUACGCACGGCCUUUAAGAAGGCCGGUUAAUCGAAAGUCGCGACCAUUUGGCGGAGAUGUCCAGAAAGAAGUCCUUUAUCGGGAUACGGGACCACGCAGGAAAAAGGAUCGCAGAGUAGUCCACAGGCAGGCUACUAUGACUGACUAUUUGGAUCCGCAUUUCGUCAGGGCUCUCUGCCGCGAUCCAGAACGACGUACGCUUCAAGAUCUACAGAUCAUAUAUUAUGGUCUGUUAGGUCUAGAAGCAUUACGUCCGUGCAGGGAUUCCAUUCUCCGUGGGCUUUGCAAAAUUGUACGAUAUGAAAGGCAUCAUGCGAACCACGUUCUUUAUUACACCGGCGAAUUGGCCACGAGCUGGUAUAUUCUGCUCUCCGGUUCUGUGUUCAUUGAUGGUUCCAUGUUUCUACCCUGUUCAAGCUUUGGAAAGCGGACGGGUGGCAGUGCCAGGAGACCCAACGAAUGCUUCGUUCUCGAGCCCUCCGAGAUGAUCGUCGUCGACUACCCGGAAGUGCAUGGAGGAAGGAUGCAUCGGCCACCGCACCCUCAUCCAAUAACCGACCAUCGACAGGUCAACUUGGUCUUCGAUGACACGUUUUCUCAAGGCCUGACUGGCAGGCCAGAGCUGUACCAAAAGUCCAAUAGAAGUAGUCAUUCGAGUGACACAAGUUCAGCAUACAGUGGUUCAGACACAAUGACGUCUGUGCAAAGUUCAUUGGAUGCAGAUGCGGAUGAGGUUGAUCUUUCGGGGCUUGUUGAAUCCAUAGUGGACAGCGACGAGGAGGAAGAUCUUGCGGAGAGCAUGGAUAGCCUGACAGUCCGUGAUCCUGUCAGAGAAUGUUUAGAGAAAGAUCCUAUGGAAAGAACGGAAGAUGACAUAGAAACAUUGUUAGAAUUCACGCAACAAUUAAAGGCCUUUACAAAUAUGACUCUGGCAGUAAGAAGAGCGCUGUGCGCUGUAAUGGUGUUCGCUGUGGUUGAACGUGCUGGUAUGGUAGUUUUAAACAAUGGUGAAGAAUUGGACAGUUGGAGCGUGCUUAUCAAUGGUGCUGUGGAAAUUGACCACGGUAAUGGUGAAAUUGAACAACUGCACCUUGGUGAUAGUUUUGGAAUCUUGCCCACUAUGGAAAGACUUUUACACAGAGGUAUUAUGAGGACAAAAUGCGAUGACUGCCAAUUUGUAUGUGUCACGCAGGCAGACUAUUUUAGGAUUCAACAUCAAGGUGAAGAAAAUACUAGGAGGCACGAAGAAAACGGUAGAGUGAUUCUAGUAACAGAAUUAAGGGGUGCUUUAGACGGGGGAGCGCGUAGGGGUCACGUUGUGAUCCGCGGAACUCCCGAACGUUUAAUGUUACAACUUAUCGAAGAAAACAGUAUUACCGAUCCCACAUAUAUAGAAGAUUUCUUAUUAACCCAUCGAACAUUUAUCGAUAGUCCUUUAUUAGUUGCGAGUCAAUUGUUAGAAUGGUUUGACCAAGCACAAGUCAGAGACAGAGUUGCCAGAGUGGUACUUCUCUGGGUGAAUAAUCAUUUUACGGAUUUUGAAACCGAUCCAUCUAUGAUGGAGUUUUUAGAAGCAUUUGAAACUGGGUUGGAAAGAGAGAAAAUGCAAGGACAGCAAAGAUUAUUAAACAUUGCAUGCGAGGCAAAGGCAAGAACGCGAAAUGUAACGUUAGCGAGGCCGUCUAGGGACGAGGUCCUACAUUUUAGUAUUUUAGGUGGUUACGAAAGGGGUUUUGGCAUUUUCAUUUCAAAAGUUGACAAAAAGUCAAAAGCCGAAGAUGUCGGGUUGAAACGGGGCGAUCAAAUUUUAGAAGUAAACGGACAGAGUUUCGAGCACGUGAGUCAUGUCAGAGCUCUUGAAAUUUUAAGAGGAUCCACUCAUCUCAGUAUAACUGUCAAAUCAAAUUUACUUGCGUUUAAAGAAAUGCUUCAGAUGCCAGACGAUUCGCCGAGGCCACGGGCAAGAGCAAACAAACCCGAAAUUUCAAGACUUCAAACAGAUCCACGUGCAAGGUUGUCCACGCAUGUGGACACGAUUACUCCCGCAAAUCCGCUAAACCCACUAGUGGGUGGUGUUCCACUGUUAAUUCCCGAUUCCAAUGUCUCCCCAUGUAAAGAUGCAAAAAAGGAACAUAAGGGAUUUAUGACGCUCGGACCGAAAAGAAGAUUACAAAAAGCUCUCAUGAAAAUGAAUAUACUGCCAAAGAAUACUAUUAAUGAUGGUGUACAUGUUGACGAUCCUCUUGCGCCUCCUCACACACCACCGGGAACAGGACUUUCUCAAACCACCACUAACCUUUAUCACUCCAAAAGUAAUCCCGACCUCACGUCGUUAUAUUGUUACGAUGAUCUACGGGCGCCGGAUUAUCCUGAACACGUUUUGAAAGUUUAUAAAGCUGAUCAAACUUGUAAAUACCUUCUUAUUCACAAAGAAACAACGGCGCACGAGGUGGUAAUGCUUGCUCUUCAGGAGUUUGGUAUAACGGAGAGCAGCUCGAACUUCUCUUUGGCUGAACUUAGCGUUGGGGAAGGAGGUAUGAUUAAGCAACGAAGGUUACCCGAUCAGAUGCAGAAUCUCGCGGAAAGAAUCGGCUUAAGUUCUCGAUAUUAUUUGAAAACUAACGGCAUUUCGGAGACGCUCGUGGCCGACGAACAAGCGCCGGAACUCAUUCGUGAAUCUCAGGUUCAUUUCUUACAACUGAACGCCGUCGAAGUUGCUAUUCAGCUGACCUUGCAAGAUUUCAGCAUAUUCCGGCAAAUUGAAUCCACGGAGUACGUGGACGAUUUAUUCGAAUUGAAAAGUAGAUACGGUGUGCCUAUGCUCAGGCAAUUUGCGGAACUAGUCAACAGAGAAAUGUUUUGGGUUGUAACAGAAGUUUGUUCUGAACAUAACCUCGUUCGACGUAGUAAAAUAAUAAAACAAUUCAUAAAAAUAGCUCGCCAAUGCAAAGAGUGUAAAAAUUUUAACUCGAUGUUUGCAAUCGUAUCUGGUUUGGGCCAUGGAGCCGUAUCAAGAUUACGAGCUUCGUGGGAGAAACUGCCAAGCAAAUAUCAGAGGUUAUUUAGCGAUUUGCAAGAGUUAAUGGACCCUAGCCGUAACAUGAGCAAGUACCGACAAUUGGUGGCGUCCGAACAAACACAACCUCCCAUAAUUCCAUUUUAUCCGGUAGUAAAAAAAGAUUUGACGUUCAUACAUCUCGGUAACGAUUCAAGAGUAGAGGGUUUAGUGAAUUUUGAGAAGCUAAGAAUGAUCGCGAAGGAAGUGAGAACGUUAACGAACAUGUGUUCCUCGCCUUACGAUUUAUCGAUAAUGUUAGAAAGAGGCGGUCAACCACCCAGUUCGGCCAUGGUCGCGUUGAAUCAAAUGACCACUGGCAACCAAGGUAAGAUAAUUAAAAUUUGCGAUAACGAUAUGUAUGAUUGUUGAACGUAUUAUAGUUUAUUUUUACUAACAGUAUUACAUUGUCCAGGAGGACAAACCGCAACCGUGAAAAGGCGGAAAAAGUCGACCGCUGCGCCAAAUCCAAAGAAGAUGUUCGAAGAAGCGCAGAUGGUCAGAAGAGUGAAAGCAUACCUUGCGAACAUGAAAGUGAUAACGGACGAGGAACGAUUACACGCUCUAUCCGUGGACUGUGAACCUCACGCGGGAGCUGUUGCAGUAGCCGCCGCGGUACCACUUAGUGCAAGCCGAGGAAGAAGGCAUCCCUCUCCCACGCUAUCGACUACGAGUAGCGCCAGCAGCACCAGUGAAGGUAGAAAGAGCAUACAAGGUACAAAGUUCGGAGCAGCGUCGCCACAGGCAGUGAGAAAAAUGUUGGCGCUCUCCGACCCCCAUAAAACACGUCCGUACCAACCUAAACACUGUCCACCACCACUUCCAGUACCGGGAUUAGCCUUGCAUUCCAGCGGACUGGAGCCUAGUCCUGGUGCACCUAGGAGAGUAGGAUCUGGUAGCAGAGUUCCUAUGCAUGAGAGAUCCCAUAGCGAUACUCCUUCCAGUUUACCACCACCUGUCGAUCUCAGCGCUGAAAGUAGUAGCGUGACCAGCCUGAGCAAUCUACAGCCGUUACGAAAAACGUUGACCAGCGGUUCGGUGACGAGCAGUGACAGUGGUCACAGUACACAGCUGGACAGCCACAGCGGAAGCAGCGUGGAAGCCGGUGGCAGUCCACCGCCACCUCAAAGACGGCACUCCGCCAUGCAAGGUACCGGGGGAUUAGGAGUAGGCGUGGGUCUCGGAGUACCGGCGGGACUUCUUCCCCAAGGAGCUGGCGCGACGAUAAUGACGACGAUGACGACGAUGACUACCAUGACGUCGAUGACGACGAUGCGUCCAGGAGUCGGUAGCGCGCAGUGCCGUCAACCGCCUGCGUACAAAGUCGCCGCACAGAUGGCGAGGUUGCACAGGCUAGGCCGUGCUCACAGCCACGAGGGUGUUACCUACAGGACCGAGCACGAAGAUGACGAUGAGGACGCCCAAGUGUCGGCGGUUUAAACGGUCCACGACGCGUAAGGAGCACUGUCCUUGCUUAGGAGGCCAGCCUUACCUCGUCCAAUCAGCUCGUUCUUUCGCUAGAGGAAAGAGGACAACCCUCGUCGUUCCACGGUGCCAGGUCGGACGAUCCUCGCGAAAGGGGAGUCGCUAGAAUUCGCGAAGCUCUCUCGUACCCCCUCGUCUCGGAUCGAGAUGAACGAAUUUCGAGACGGGUACGGAGGGACGAACGAUUGACACGCACAGUGCUUUCGACGGUAGCUCGUCGAGAGAUCGGAUCAUCCAUAGUUCAAGGAACUACGAAGAACGCGCUUCCAAGAAUCGUAACCAAACGAAAACAGACGUUCGUUUGGGAAUCUCAACGGAGUGUUCGGAUUAACCGGAGUUGAGGUUCGAAGGGAUUGGAAAAAAAAGAAAGAAAAACGAGAAAAGACGACUUUUCGAUCAGACUGAGAGGAGGCGAGCUCCUCCUACGGAGGUGCCACGAGUUUCGAUCGCGGGACUAGAGCGCGAGAAAACGGUCAUAAGUAAUAUUCUAUAUAAAUGUGUAAUAAAUCAAGUCCAAAGAUGUUAUAUAUACCGCGUAUCGCCGCAGGGAGUACGAAUGACGGCGUGUCCUGUAUUAUAUACUUUUUAGGCUAAUCUUAUCCUCCCCCCGCCCCCAAACCGCUCCUCCCUUCCCCUGUAGCAUAAGUAUAUAAGUUGGUGUACAUAGCGUAGCUUUAAUCGUAGUCUUUAACCGAGAGGCGAGGAAGAAUGAGACGCGAGAAUGGAAAUUCACAGUGCAAAUCGGAUACACGCGACCGAGGUUUCGAGAAACGAUCCCCAAAGCCUAGCGACACGAUAUCGCAGAUUUAACGUCGAUCGUUCCGUUUGUUCGUUUCGUUUAUUUUUAAAAUGUCUGCGCAGGUAUCCGGGGUCGCGACUAAGUUUUAAACGAAAGAGCCCACGACGCUCGUCGGGCCUCGAAACGAUUUUAGUUUUUCGCUACGGUCGUUCGAUCGUCACCGGCGGUGACGUGUGUUCGCAUGCAAAAUCGCAGAUACGCCCGGGAAUCCGGCGAUUCCGCGGGGCACGCGUGUUGAAUUUUACCGUUGACGCGAUCAAGUACAAAGUAUUUUUCAAAGACUAACGGUUCGCGAUGUGGGGUACGAUCGAAAGUACUGUUCCUGGGCUUUUGAAAUUCCUUUUAACCCUGUACUGCAUAGCCGCGCCCGAUCGGAACUUGAAAAGAUCCCUGAGGUGGUAGAACGUAUUCGAUUAAGUAGCGAGAUACGAGACCAGACGAUCAGAUCAUCGCUUAGGCCUAUAAUCUACCUAGCGAGUGUCAUGUGAUACUUUUUAAAAGAACUAAGAUUACGGAAUGGUGACAAGGACCAACAUCGAAACGAGUCCAGGGGUCUUGUUUAACUUGUUCGACUGUAGCUACGCAGGCUUCUCAGAUACUAUUCGGUGGAAGCAUUGAUCCUCUAUAAUCCAAUUCUCGCUUACGAGUAACUUAUUUACUAGGUUGUGGGUAAACAUCGAGACGACGAGAUAGAAAAAUUGUCAUUCCAAAUCAGGAACGGAGUAGGGGGAAAUUCUCACCUAGAUGUAAAGCUUCCUUGACGUGUUAUUCGUUCGAUAAAAAUUACGAUCCGAAUUGUACGUGGGAGUAACUCUUGUUGUUGUCUAAAAAUCGCCGGAAUUAUAGAGGGUGGAAUAAAAAUUCGUGCAGUAGAGGGUUAAGACGGUACGAGUCAGCGUACGUGUUCGACGAGAAAGCGACGAAAUAUCGAUGAAAAAGAAUUCCAAUGAAUCUUCGCGAGAACGAAACGCAAGGCAUUAGGCGUCUCGGGAUACGAAAUGUUCGAAUAUUGUAUAUGCAUCGAGUAUGCUCAACUUAUUUUUACUGACUAUAUUACGGAAACGAAUUUUCGAUCUGGUGUAACUUGUAUCUCGAACUUUCUCGAUUCGUCGAACUCAUAUUUUCCGAAAUUUUAUCAGUAUCACGGUACGUUUUAGUUUUAUAUAUAUAAAUAUAUAUAUAAAUAUAUAAAUAUCUGUAUGUAUGUCCGCGUCUCGAAGCGCGCGAGGAUAAUUGGGAAGGAUCUACGCCUCUGUGCGAAGAGGAGACCCCCCAGGCGAGUGUCGACGAGGCGGAGGCGCGCGGCUGGUUUUAUUAUCGAUAUCGAGUAAUAGGUUUUUCUUCGCCCGUUCGACUUGUAAUCGUAACAGCGUUGUAACAGUCAUACUUCUCGUCCAUUUGUGCACGAAGCCUCGAGUCCUUGAUCGACGAGUGUCGAGGGAAACUGUAAUCGACGCGCGGUUAGGAUGCGUCGGAGACACGGUCGUCGAAAAGGCGUUUAUCGCGCAAACGAGGAUCAACACGGUGCAUUUCCUCGUUUCGAACGUUCCGAUACUAUUAUCCGGGGCGUCGCGAGCGUGUGUUUCGCUGUCGACAUUCCACUGUGUCUUGCCGUGAACCGUGGCCAACAUGCUUCCCCCGCGCGGGACUCGUCUCCUCGCGUGCGACAGACUGCUCUCAGAUAUUAAUUAAUAACCGCGCGACUCUCUAUCGAAAGGCAUCAGAUGUCCUCGGAACACCGUGGUGAUCCUCGUCGCGGCCGUGAAUCCAUCAACAUUUACUUGCAUAUUCAUAUUAAUAUCUCUUUGUACAUAUCCUAACGACUUUUAAAUAUUAUUAAUCCAACGUUCCCGUGGGAACAAUUUAAAAAUCAUUGUAUCCAGCGAUUUCAUCGAUCAAAGAUUCCUCGUGAAUUAGAGCGUAGAAGGAAAAGAACAAAAAAAAAAGAAACAAAAACGAGAGCUAGACCCGAAAAAAAUCGACCUCUUUAUCCGCGUUUCCUUUUCUCAUCUCUGUUUUUUCAAUCGUCAAGACGAGAUAUCGCCCGUUUCGCGUUUCUCCUUUCGAACUGGUUCUCCCGAGCUCUUCCUUUUUGUACCAACGGCUCGAGCUCAAGAACACACGAUCAAUUCCAAAGGGAGCAUUUACCAUGCCUUUGCGAAUCGGCGCGAACCAGAGUGAAUCCCGUUCCUCUUCAGAAUUUCGGGUCGAACGUUAGAUUAUAUCCGUGAACCAGUCGAACGCUUUCGCUUGUCGGUGAAAAAGUCACACGCGCUUCCGCGGUCGAAACGAUUCCCUCCCCCCUUUCCUUUUAUUCGAAUCGUGUUGUUCGCUACGGGAGCAAUAAAUUCUCGGGAGGAAUCCUCGAAGAGGAACGGAAACGUUCGCGCGAGCGCGAGCAAAACAGAGCGGACAGAAUUAGUUAGUCUUGAAUCGCUGAAGCUCCGAGCCCCCUUCUUCCCUUAAUUUUAUGGAACGAUCCACCUUUUGUAGAGUUUGCGUAAUGUGUGAGAGAGAAUGUUUAUCGAAGAGAGAAAGAGAGAAAGAAAGAAAUGUGGACAAGCCUUGAACUUUCUUCCACGAGUCCCCCUCCCUCCCUCCUCGACCUCUUUUAUUUUUUAUUUAUGCCCCCUUUAACCCUACCCCCAACCCCCCCUCUCUCCUGUUGUUUUAAUUAUUUAUAAAACUUCGAGAUGGAGCAGGAAAACUUUUUGUAUUUAAUUUGUUUAAUAAAACUUGGAUCAUAGUACAACAUUCCGACUGGUUUGGUAUCGAGAACACUCGUCCCAAGUAAUGCGUUCUCGUCUCCGUCGAAACGCGUCGUUCGCUUCCCUCCACCCCCCUUACCCACCCACCCCCUCUCUGUUACAUUUCUUCGCGACGAAACGAUUAAUGGGACAAAACA